GAUAAUCCUGGUUGUCAUAGAACAUGCCACCUAGACGGGCUCGAGUCCCUGCAACUCUCGAGAGCCGCAUCAAGCAAGGUCUGCAAUACUUUGCUGGCCUGCGCGAGGACGAGGCAGCAGAUGUUGCCCGUGCAAAGGACCUGGGCGAUGCACUCCUUGAAGCUGACAUGAACAUUAUCAGCAAUACCGGGAUUUUGAGCGGCAUCGUGGCUGCGCAUGCCUGGGCCGCGCGUGCGCUUGCCGUUGACGUUCUGAACGACUCGGCUUACGUCGCUUUUGUAGCGACCGCAACUAAUCUAGGAGAACUGCUCAGCAGCCAGCCGGGCGACCAAGCUUACGGCAGGCAGGACCGGUUGGUCCGAGCCCUGCUGAGGGCGGACACGCUCGCCGUGCACGCGAGGCUGUGUGUACGGACGCUCGCGCCCACCCGCGGGGCCGCCGCCCGCCGCAGCCUCCGGCCACCGGAUGCAAUCAAGCGGGAUCUGGUAUGGCGUGUCCUCCAGAACCUCUCCACGAUUGCCCGAUUUGUGAACAACAGCCGGGAUGCUGGCCUCAAGCACGAGCUGGUGACGGCGCUGGCGCACACGCAGCUGCUCGAGCACGCCGCGCGGGCGCUGCUAAGCGCCGCCCAGGCCAUUCAGCCCGCAUCCAGCGAAGGAACUUCAGGGGCGGCUGCAGCUUCGGGAACGGGGCUUCCACCUGAGAGCUGGAUAACCGUGUCGGGCGUAGCAACCACAUUUGCCCACGCGCUUUCGUGCCUGGUGGGCACAGACCUGCGCACUACCGCGCUGUGCCCACGACCCCGCGAACGGGACGCAUCUGUGGAGGUGUCGCAGAAUUCGAGGCAGCUACAACUGCUGGAGCAGCUGCGGCCGCUGCUGGCCAGCCGCUGCGUGCAGCUCUGCACGGGAUGGGCGGGCCUGUGUGCGGCCAUUACCGUACGGCAGCGGGCAGCGGACGACAGCGCUCAGCAGGGCUUGGUACCAACUGCGUCGCAGCUGUGGCACGGGCUGCCGUCGGAGCUGAUACGGCCGCUGCAGCUGCCGCCGCAGGCCACUGUGUCAAGCCAGGAUAUGGUGCGCACAGCGACCCUGGCACUGCCUAUGGUCCUGCAGGUGACGGUCAGCGGCCCCUGCGACCUGGCCAUCGCCCAGCCGCCCGUGGGCUACGACCGCCUGCCGCACAGGCAGCCACAGCCGCAGCGACCAUCGGCGGGGCCAUCAGCAGCGGGGUCAGCAGCAGCGGAGGGGCCGGCUGCAGCACCAGCACCAGCUUCGUACAGCGCCGUAAACGCGUACGGGCUGCUUAAGGCAUUAUGGCACUGCCUGGCCUGUGACCGCGCCACUUACACGUGCAACCUGUGCGCAGUCGCCACGGUAAUGACCCGGCUGCUGACGGAGCUGCGGCCGCGGCAGGCGGCGGUGCUGCUGCCGAGUUGGUGGCAGCUGCUGGCGCAGGAGCCGUCCAUGCUCAUUGAGGGGUACGGGCUUGCGCAGGACGCAGGGGAGCUGCUGCGGCUGCAGUUGAAUGCGCCGCCGCCGGUCGCGUGGGCUGUUGGGGUGACGGAUGCAGCUUCCGUGGCUGCGGCGAGUGUGGACUGGCCGCCGGAAGCGGCGGAGGUGCAGGACGCGGAGGCGGCGACAGCAGCGAAGGCAGCAGCCAGCCUGGCGCGUGAGAGGGACCCCAGCUACAGCCUCCGCUGCGCGCUGGACGCGGGGCUGCUGUCAGUUAUGGAACGGUGCCUUCGCGCGCCACAGGCCUGGCGGCAGUCCAACAGCGUGAGCAAGCUGCUGUACGUCGUAAACUGCGUGCUGCGCUACUCGGGCGUGUGGCCCGCGGUGCUGGCUCGCGGUCCCGUGCAGCAGGCGGUGUCGCUGAUUGCCACGCUGGGCGCAGCAGCUCGGCUGCUGCAGGAGAAGGACACGUCACUGGACGUGAUAAGCCGUGCCUCCCAGCCUGGCAUGCAAACAACGGCAAGGUGCGGCGCCGGCGGCUACCUGUGUGCCUACCUGUCCGCAAUGCUGGAGCAGGUCGUGGACGUGCGGGCGCUGGGCGAGGGCGCACAGCAGCAGCAGCAGCGGGAGGAGCAGCAGGCAGCAGCUAUCGAUGCUACGGCCACAGCCGCAAUUUCCACCCCACUGCACCUCAACUCGGUGCUGGAGCAGGUAGUGGAUUCGAAGGACGGCAGUGUCGAGCCCUCCACGUGCUCCAUCGCCUGGAUGGCGGCGGCGGGCGGCCUGCCAGCUGCCGGCUCCACAGCGUACCGGCAGCAGCAGCUGCUCACGAGCUUCGCGGUGUACCAGUGGCUGCCCAUGCUGGCAAAGGCAACGGAGGAUGCCUUGUGGAGUAGUGAGGCGGGCGCCGAGGGCUGGCUGUCGCAGGCGCUCCUGGUGGGGCACCUGGUGAUGGAUGUGCUCUGGCGCGAGGAGCGCCCGCCAGCUGAAGCCGACGAGGGCGCUGGCUCACACAACCGACGACAGGACGCGGCGUGGUGGGAGGGCGUGACGCAGACUGGCCAGCUUGCGAAGAGCAUGCACAAUAUUAUGGACGUGCUGGCAACAGACGCCCAUCAGCGGACGGAUGGAAAGCAGCAGGCUGGGCAGGCGGCGGAGGGCGGGAAGGGCAGCAGCACGAGCAGCCUUGGCGACAGCACAGCACAGCAGCGGCAGGCGCCACCGCCCGAGCUAGUGCUGCAGUGCUUGACGCCGCUGCCGAUGCAGCAGCUGGCAGCGGUGCACGGGCGGCAGGACAUGGUGGAUUACCUGGACGCAGUAGCUAAGGGUUUGAGAGGGGAAAUGAUGAUUGAGUGCGGCAGUGCCGGCGCCGGCGGAAGCGGCAUGGGGGUGCAAGGGCCUGCCAGCAUGGAGGGCGGCGCGUCGCACGCUAGCGCCACGGCGGAUAGGUUGAGGGCGAAGUGGGUUGGCGCCGUGCGGCCGCGGUACCCGUGGCUGUUGUCUCAAGGCCAGGCACAGGCGGGGCUGCAUGACCUGAUGGUCGCAGAGGCGGCGGCUGCAGCGGCAGCUACUGCUACGGGCGAGCCCUCAGUAGCCUGCGGCGGCGGUGGCAGCAGCGGGAGCAGUAGCAGGAGCAGUAGUGGGCAGGGCAGCAGCAGCGAUGGGCCGGUAUUUGAGCACAAGCUGUGCUACAACCCGCGCUGCUGCUCGCUGGACGGCCCCAGCGUGUUGGUUGCGCCCCGCGGCGGCAAGACGUGUGUGCGGUGCCGUGCUGCCACGUAUUGCUGCGGCGCUUGCCAGCUUGUGGACUGGCGUGAGCGGCACUCUGGCACCUGCAGUGGAGCCGCCGCGGCGGCGGCAGGGUCAGCAGGGACAGCGAAGGCAGCGCUGAAGAAGGCAUGAACUGACGAAGUGCAACAGCAGUAUGGACCCGAAGACUGCGCUUCAAAUGCGGCGUUUUGCGGUUUGUAUGAGAGUGAGAGUGCGAUGCAUGGCGUGGACUCUUGGGUCGUUUGCCACGCCGAGCGUGCAGCAAGAAGCGCUUAAAAAGCCCAAUUGGCUCUGCUUUGCAUUAGCGCAUUACGGUUGAUGACCGCUGACGCGGGUGGUCCGCGCCUUCAUCGGCCGGGAUUACAGAGCGGACUCCACACCGAAUGUAUGAGUGCCAGACCUGCGAUGCUAAUCUUACUUCGCCAAGGCUAGCCUCCUCGCUCCUUUGAGGCUUGAUACCGUAUCAAGGUUUUGGGCAGGAGUAGGGGCAUCAUGAGCGGCGGCGGGGUAACAGGGUGGGGUACAGGCUGCAGUGUUGUUCGGGUUUGGGCGCGUUCUAGGCAUGUGGCACCCGUAUGUGGCAGAGCAAUUUGACUGUCCCCAACAUGUUUAUGUGCCCGCCGAGAAUGCUAAGCUGACGGUCUGAACUUCGCGGUUUUUGUAGUUGCACGACUGUAUGUCAUUAGAGUUUCGGCCAUUGUCGCAGGUGCAGGCGCAGUGCAGUAGAAUGCAGGGGCGUGGGCGAGGAGGAGAGGGCUGACGGACAACUGGAGGCCGUGAUGCGGCGGUAGAUACGGUAGGUACAGGACUGGGAGGCGCACCAAAUGCAUGACUGACUUACCAGUGCACGGCUGAACGCGAUGGCUACAUGUGCGGACUGCGGACGGGCUUGGAACAUCAGCUUAUGAAUGAGGGACGGUGCACUGUUGCCGACGCAUUCGGCCUAUCACGGCAUGCACUCACAUGGCAUCAUCUCGCUCUACACCGCCAGUCUUUGGUGCCACGGCAAGAGGUGGGGCCCCGGUGGAUGGGUGUGCAGGAGGGCGGGGUGGUUUGGCGGUAGGGAUGGGAGUGCGGAAGUGGACGACAAGGUCAAGCUUGCAGGAGGUGUUGUUUGCGGUAACAGCUGGAUGGUGGCAUGUUUUGUCGUUGUAAUAUGGGACAAGCAGCAUGAGGAUGCGUUGUCGAGGAUCAAGUUCACGAGCAUGCCAUCAGGUGAGUUGAACAAGAAAGGCCGUUAGUAAGGGCGUGCUAUGGCUGCUGCAAGUUGUUUCGGGUUAAGGAGGAGGGUGGCAUCCCUGGCCACUGGCGAUCCACCGGGUCACCUGCGCAAGGUAGGCGGUGGCGAGCUCCUUGUUGUUGGGGGGGGCGGGUGGCACAGCCGCACAGCCGGUUUGGUGGUUGGAUGACGGUGGCAGUGCCGGGCCAGUUCCUGAUACCUUCCGUACUCGUGAUGAGCCGUGUGUGACAUCCGUACUCGUGAUGUUCGGUGUUUGUGUCAUAGCCUUGGGCAAACCUAACUGAGCAUUUACGUGGUUUCGAGUCCAACUCGGACACCUGCAAUUCAUCUGUGAUCUGUCAGCUGAGAGCACGCACAUGACGGACGCGGGUCUGCUGCACGUGGCGUACGGCUGCCCCGCCCUGCACAGCCUGCACUUCAGCGCCACGGGCAUCGCCGAUUGGGGCGUGCGCCGACCGGUGGUGCUGGCAGGGCCUCUGCCCGGUGUUCGCGUCGUGGUCGCAGCAGCAGGGGCAGAAGGCUGGAGGGGCGGCGUUAAGGCGGCAGGCGCUGUGGGUGCCGAGGCACGGGCGGCUUGCAACCAGAUGGCAGCGCGCUGUUGGUUGGGACGUUGGGUUGCACUUGGGGGUGCGCUGGGUGAUAACUUUGUUGCAGGAACGGUGGUAGGCGCCUGGCGUGCGGUAUCCCGCGAGCAGCGGGUGCGCCGCGACGCGUUGACCACUCACGCACGCUAUGGUCAACUCGGCAUGGGGCCGUUCGACAGAGGCCAGCACACAUGCCGACGUGUAGCAGUUGGCUUGCCCCUUCCCCCGAAGGGGGAGGGGCAGUAGCCAUUGCGGUCGCAUCGAUCGCCGGAGGGGGGCCCUCACGGUUAUUCCAGUUUUAUGUGCAGUUACGUCGGGAAACCCGAACGUAACUAGAGUUCUUGUGCAAAUAAUACGCCUUUCAAUGUGUCCGUAGCAACGCAUAACUUUGCAAAAACACAAGGAAGGCGUAAGACUAGAGGCGAAGAGAUCAGAGGCGUUGGAGGAUCCCGGCGCUCGAUAGCGCGAUUGGCUUUGCAUUUCCGGGAAUUGCGGUAGACGAUAUUCUUCAAGGCAAACAUAUAGACUUGGAUAUGUGCGAGCGCAAACAGCAAAGCGCAUGCGAUCUCUCCGAUCGGCGAUAGCAGAAAGGCAAUGCGCUGACUUAUCGCAGCGCAGUGGAGAUAAGUCUAGUUAUUGCGACGUAACUGCCGUGUUGCGUUAGAGUCACGCACGGCGCAGGACGCUCGGGUACGUGCCUGUGCAUGGGGCCGAACCGAGCUGGGUCUUGUACGCGUCAGGAGCACACGGCGCCUUAUCUGCCGUUGUGCUUCUGUACUGUAUUUCGGAUCGUCCCUCUGCCGGGACGGUGACCUCAGUGUGUCGCACUUAAACGUUCCCUACAUUUCUGGACUUUCUUUGCAAUCCUAUACCUGGUUCUAACUAUACUUUACCAUGUCUGGACCGAAUAAGCGUUUAAUAUACACUCAGACGGAGUUGCAGCGCUUUGUUGCGCGAUCCUGCUCAAUGGAACCCCUUAGCUUGAUCACGCUCGCUCUCUGAUCGUAAGGGAAUGCCCUUCGACGCUUCUCUGGCGCUUUGGACCACGCUUUGGUUCGGGGGCCGCAUUCGGGAGCAAAUCGGAGCAGAGCGGAGCUUUCAAGCGGAGCAAAGGCGCGCGAAGCGUUGCGGACAAGGCGUUCGGCAAGUCACUGAA